AUGAAUAACCAAUUUACAUUUGAUUUUAAUAAUUAUUUAAAAACUAUUCAAGCUUCAAAUGUUAGAUAUAUAGUAAUUGGUGUGAUUACACUUGCGUUUAUGAUGUUUAUGGAGUAUGGUUUUUAUGUUAAUUUCAUCAAUGUAAAUAUUACACAAUGUUCAUUGGCAAAUCAAGGUCCGUCCAAUUCCUCAUUAGAUAAUUGUUUUGUAGAUCAAGUUCCAGAGUGUCUAUUUGAAGAAUUUCACACUCAAUCAAAAUAUUCACUCAAUUUUCCGGUAUCGUUAUUUGGAUUGAAAGGAGAUAAAUACAGUGUUGUUAUUUUAGCGCUUUCAUUGGUUUGUUUCAUUUUGGAAAUUGGACUUUAUUUACUUUUAGAUUAUAAUUUAUUUUUAAAGAAAAAGCGUAUUCAAAAUACAAUGGCAAAUUCAAUGAUAUUUAUAGAUGGUAAAAAAAAACAUGAAAAUGGUUUUACAAUUUUUCUUCUUGUAGAUCUUGCAGUUUAUACAGUAUUAAAAUUUGUUUGGGUGUAUUGGAGAAAUCACCAAUACAGCGAAUUUGUUUGCGAUGGAGGUGUGAUUCAUCUCACAUUUGGUCAAAAUAUUACCAGCUCCAUUAGUACCAUUGUUUUACUCGUUGUAACCUAUGUUUUUUUCCCUCUAAUGUAUUUCUUUGCCUAUUACAAUCUUCUUUCCGAUAUGGAUUUCAAGAAUAUGAUGUCCCAUCUCUCCUAUCAAACUGUAAAGCAAUUUAAAUAUAUCACUGUAUUGGACGUUAGUAAAUAUCAAGAUAUCAUUGAUGAUUUCAUUCAAGAUAAAUAUUCCGAUGAAUCAUUCAUAUCUAGAUUUUUAAGAUCCCAUACAUUUACCUUUUCUAAAACCACCGAUCAAGAGAUUUGCGAAAUCCUUUUAGCACAUAAAGAAAAGAGUCCAUAUGAUUUCGAACCAAUGCUUUGCAACGAACCUAAAAUUUCAAUCAAUGACAAUGGUCGUGACGAUGGUGCAUACAAAAGUAUAGAUAACAAUAACGACAGCGAUAGCGAUAAGGAUAAUGAUGCAUAUCGUAACACUGAAAAAGAGAAAUUAAUCAAAUAA